GCGGCCGAGGCACCGGGCCUUUCCUGGCUGGCCCCUCCGGGCUCGGGCUGCAGCGGCGUGCCUCCUCCCUGGAGGGCCGCAUUCUUGGGUGGCGCUGUGAUGAUUUAAGGAUCACAGUGCAGCUAUGGAUAGCGAACCAAACUCUGGAACCUCUUCAGUGUCAACGACAGCCAGUAGCACUACCACCACCACUAUUACCACUUCCUCCUCUCGAAUGCAGCAACCGCAGAUCUCUGUCUACAGUGGUUCAGACCGACAUGCUGUUCAGGUAAUUCAACAGGCAUUGCAUCGCCCCCCCAGCUCGGCUGCUCAGUACCUCCAGCAGAUGUACGCGGCUCAGCAACAGCACUUGAUGCUGCACACGGCUGCUCUUCAGCAGCAGCAUCUCAGCAGCUCCCAGCUCCAGAGCCUCGCUGCUGUCCAGGCAAGCUUGUCCAGUGGAAGGCCAGCUACAUCCCCGACAGGAAGUGUCACACAGCAGUCAAGUAUGUCCCAGACAUCUAUCAACCUCUCCACUUCUCCUACACCUGCUCAGUUGAUGAGUCGCUCCCAGGCUUCCAGUUCCACCAGUGGCAGUAUUACCCAACAGACUAUGUUACUAGGGAGUACCUCUCCUACCUUGACUGCCAGCCAAGCUCAAAUGUAUCUCCGAGCUCAGAUGCUGAUUUUCACACCCGCUACCACUGUGGCUGCUGUGCAGUCUGACAUUCCUGUUGUCUCGUCGUCAUCGUCACCCUCCUGUCAGUCUGCAGCUGCUCAGGUUCAGAAUUUAACAUUACGCAGCCAGAAGUUGGGUGUCUUAUCUAGCUCACAGAAUGGCCCACCAAAAAGCACUGGUCAAACUCAAUCAUUGACAAUUUGUCAUAAUAAAACAACAGUGACCAGUUCUAAAAUCAGCCAACGAGACCCUUCUCCAGAGAGCAAGAAGGGAGGAAGCCCAAGCCUGGAAUCUCGAAGCACAGCGGUCACUCGGACUUCAAGCAUUCACCAGUUAAUAGCACCAGCUUCAUAUUCUCCAAUUCAGCCUCAUUCUCUAAUCAAACAUCAACAGAUUCCUCUUCAUUCACCACCUCCUAAGGUUUCCCAUCAUCAGCUGAUUUUACAACAGCAACAACAGCAGAUUCAGCCAAUCACCCUUCAGAGUCCAACUCAAGAUCCGCCCCCAUCCCAGCACUGUAUCCCGCUUCCAAACCAUGGCCUUUCUCCAGCUCCUAGUAAUGCCCAGUCACAGCAUUGCUCACCAAUUCAGAGCCAUCCCCCUCCUUUAACUGUGUCUCCUAAUCAGGCACAGUCGGCACAGCAGUCUGUAGUGGUGUCUCCUCCUCCACCUCAUUCCCCAAGUCAGUCUCCUACUAUAAUUAUCCAUCCACAAGCACUUAUCCAGCCACACCCUCUUGUGUCUUCAGCUCUUCAAACAGGGCCAAAUUUGCAGCAGGCUACUGCUGAUCAGGUACAACCCACAGCACAGCUGAAUCUUCCAUCCCAUCUUCCACUUGCAGCAUCCCCUGUUGUACACAUUGGCCCAGUCCAACAGUCUGCCUUGGUGUCCCCUGCUCAGCAGAUUGUGUCUCCAACAUCACACCAGCAAUACUCAGCCCUGCAGUCAUCUCCAAUUCCAAUCGCAACCCCUCCACAGAUGUCGACAUCUCCUCCAGCUCAGAUCCCACCACUGCCCUUGCAGUCUAUGCAGUCUUUACAAGUGCAGCCUGAAAUUCUAUCCCAGGGCCAGGUUUUGGUGCAGAAUGCUUUGGUGUCAGAAGAAGAGCUACCUGCUGCAGAAGCUCUGGUCCAGUUGCCAUUUCAGACUCUUCCUCCUCCACAGACUGUUGCGGUAAAUCUCCAAGUACAGCCACCAGCACCUGUUGAUCCACCAGUGGGAAUGCAUUUGAACCAGUGUCAUCUGCACAAAGUUUUUUCUCUUAAGGUUUAUCAAGUAGAAGAUGUGUGUGAGGAAGAAAUGGCAGAGGAGCCAGAUGAGUGUGCGAGGAUGGACAGAACACCACCACCACCCACCUUGUCUCCAGCAGCCGUAACUGUGGGCCGGGGAGAGGACCUGACAUCUGAACAUCCUCUGUUAGAGCAAGUGGAGUUGCCUGCUGUGGCCUCAGUCAGUGCUUCAGUGAUUAAGUCUCCCUCAGAUCCUGCCCAUGGCUGUGUUCCUCCACCACCACUCCUAAUUCCAGCUGCUGCCACGAGGGGCAAUAGCACAUCUAUGGCCAGCAGCGCUCCCAGCCUAGAAAACAAACCUCCACAGGCUAUUGUCAAACCACAGAUCCUGACUCAUGUUAUUGAAGGCUUUGUGAUUCAGGAGGGAUUGGAGCCAUUUCCUGUGAGUCGCUCAUCUUUGCUGAUAGACCAACCUGUGAAAAAGAGGCCUCUUUUGGAUAAUCAGGUGGUGAAUUCUGUGUGUGUUCAGCCAGAACUACAGAAUAACACAAAGCAUGCAGAUAAUUCAUCUGACACUGAGAUGGAAGACAUGAUUGCUGAAGAGACAUUAGAAGAAAUGGAUAGUGAAUUGCUUAAGUGUGAAUUCUGUGGAAAAAUGGGAUAUCCUAAUGAAUUUUUACGGUCAAAACGAUUCUGUACCAUGUCAUGUGCCAAAAGGUACAAUGUUAGCUGUUCUAAAAAAUUUGCACUUAGUCGUUGGAAUCGUAAGCCUGAUAAUCAAAGUCUUGGGCAUCGGGGCCGUCGUCCAAGUGGCCCUGAAGGAACAGCAAGAGAACAUAUCCUUAGGCAGGUCUGUAGAAAGCUUGCUUCAAUGUACAAUGUCCUUUUCAGAAAUGCAAGGGAAGUGCAAUGCUGUAUUUUACUUUACUGCAUUUUCCAGCUUCCAAUUACUUAUCCAUCUGCAGAAGAAGACUUGGCUUCUCAUGAGGAUUCUGUGCCUUCUGCCAUGACAACUCGUCUGCGCAGGCAGAGUGAGCGGGAAAGAGAACGCGAGCUGCGUGAUGUGAGGAUGAGGAAAAUGCCUGAGAACAGUGACUUGCUUCCAGUUUCACAGACAGAGCCCUCUAUAUGGACAGUCGAUGAUGUCUGGGCCUUCAUCCAUUCUUUGCCUGGCUGCCAGGAUGUUGCAGAUGAGUUCAGGGCACAAGAGAUUGAUGGACAGGCCCUGCUCUUGCUAAAAGAAGACCAUCUCAUGAGUGCAAUGAACAUCAAGCUGGGCCCAGCCCUGAAGAUUUGUGCACGCAUCAACUCUCUGAAGGACUCUUAACAGGAACUCAGGACGUUGAUGUAAUAUCAGUUUUAUCCCUCUUAAUGGUAAUGGUAAAGCCUCAUUUGGCUGAGAAUAUCAGACUGAUGAUGGAAGGCCAAGCACUUUGGGACCGCCACUUGCAGUGCCGACAUUUCUCUUCAGAUACCCUAACUCAUCAUACAUUUUCAUAAUUAGCCAACAUUGGUAAAGUUAAUUUUACCAGUUACAUACAACACUGAAAGACUUGUUACAGAGGCCCAUAUUUUUCAAAGAAACAUGUUAUACUAGAUAAUUUUUUAAAGGUAAUGUUUAUCAUUAGUAUAAAAGAAGCCUUUUAAAAAUAAUUGAUUUACACCCCCCCUCCUUUGAUUCUGUUUUCUUAUACAUUUUUCUACCCUGUUAGUUUUCCAAAGGUUAUCAUAGAGUUAUAAGGUAAUUUAGGAGCCCAUUGACAGAAUCGAAUGCAAUGAAGUAUCAGUAUGUUUAAAAAACAUAUCUUCCUGACAAAUGCUUUGUCUUUAAAACAGGAUUGUGUUCUUGCAUAAGCAGUAUUUAUGGAGGUCACAAAUGUCUGUAUUCUAGACUUCACCCAGAUCGGCAUGACUGACAGUUUUCCUCUUGGUUUUGUACAUUAAGAGCAAUAGUUCUCAGUGGAGAGGUCUCUUUUUGUCCUCCAGGGGGCAUUUGGCAAUCUCUAGACACAUUCUGGUUACCACAGCCUGUGGCUGUUACAGGAAUCGAGGAGGUGGUAGUGGCAGCCAGAGGUGUUGCUGAAAGCUCUUCAGUGCACAGGACUAUUACCAAGAGUGACCUGUUAGAGAUGCCAGUAGUGCCAAGGUUCAGAAGCUGGUGCGCAAGGAGUGCCGCGUGUUGGUCUUUUUCACGUGCAGGGAGCAUACUUUAAAGAUAAGGUCUGAUAAGGAGUACCUGUAUAGCGAAGUAUUAUUCAGAUGGCAUUAAUGUUCUGCUGAAGUAUUUUUUUUUUUUUUUACACUUUAACUGUAUACUAGAAAAGGGAAGAAAAUCCGUAAAACUGGUCUACAAGAUUAGCGUAAUUUACAGAACAUGUGACUGAUGGGUGUACGGCACUGGUCACCUUUUCCUGACUGUUGCCCUGUACUGGUGAGUCAUGCCUGGGAGGGUUGGCAGUGGGGUGUGACCCGUCCGUGUGCUCUCGGAGCGACCCUGCCUGGAUUCUUCCCAUAAAGCAUUGAAAGUGAUUUCUCUUAAUCGAGUGUUCACUCAGCAGUUAUUUUUUGUAGAGUUAGGAUGUUAAGACAGAAAUUUCUGUGGGUGCUCUGAGAGCCUUAAGUGCUGGGCAUCAGAAGAUCUUUACUACAUCAUCGAGAAAUCUCAACAGUUAAAGGAGCGGCUCACAAAUCCUGGCCACAGACGUAAGAGACAGCAGAGUCUAAGCUUACUCAUCUUCACUGCUUUUUCCAGAGACUCUGUUGAGCCAGUAGAAGACUAACAGAUGUCACAAAGGUAUCACAAAUAUUUAUCUUUUGUGUUUGUGUACAUUAGAAAAUGUUGGUUAUUUUUAUACAAAAAUAUAGUGGGUAAUUUUUUUAAUCUUUAGAUGCCUCUUGUUUGAAUGUAUGCUUUGUGGGACUGUUAACGUAGUAGUUGAAGAGGUGUUCACUGUAGUCCUGUGUAGACUCAGAAUGUGAAAGUAGCAGGAGGCUCAUGUUUCAAACCUACAGUAGUAUAGUCUCUGUUACAUAUUUCUUUGCAUCACAUUUUGUUAUUAACGUUUCUAGAAAGGUAGGUACUCUCCAGUCCAUCUCAUUUAUUAGUAGUAAUGAGUCGUCAUGGGAGUUGUCAUAGAUUUUCCCCUCAUCCUCCUAAACAUAGACUAAGCAGCACUCAGAGAUUGCUACUAUAUGAAGGAGGCACAAAGGUAGAUUUCCUCUGGAAUUAAAACUGGAUUGUAGUAAUCCACAGUUAAUACAGAGUUGAUUGUCCAGUAUAGACCUCCAGCAAUAAUGCUUCCCCUCUUGCAAAUGCUUAUAUAUAUAACAUUUAAGGUAUUAACUCUACAGUUCUACUAGAACCAGCCCACUGUGUGCUUAUGAGAAGCCCCUGGGCCUAGCACUGCCUUUAAGUAUCCCUAAGCAGCGUACAAGAAGAGUUUCUGCUGGAGAAUGCCUUCUUGUCCUUAAUCUUAGAUGUAGUCCAGAUCUUCUGUUGUCCGCACUUAAAUUCAACAAGAAAAUACACUUUUUUCCCCUAUAAGUGGGUUGUUUUAUUAAGAAAUGGCUUAUUUGCUGUCAUUUGGUAGUUCUCCCAUUGCUGCAGGUAUUUCUUUAAUUUAAUCAUCCUAAUUUGAAAGCUUUAAUAAUAUGUAUGUCCCUCUCUCUCCUGAGCACUAGACUGUUCAGUAGGACAUAGAUAGGAAGAAUGCCAGUUUCAUUCCCUGUUGUAUUACUAAGUGCUUUAAGAACUUUCCUGGAGGAAAAAAAAAAUGACAAGCAGAGGGGAAUAUGGGUUCAUCCUAUUUUUGCUACUCGAGUUUGCAUUUCCUUACUUUAAACCCCUUUCCACCAUGGGACAUACCUUUCACAUUUUAUUUGUUUUAAGUUCUAUGUUCUUAGGGAAACAAACAGCUGGGUUGUAAAAGUUACUUUAUAUGACAGUACUUACAAGCUUUGUGUAGACGUGUGCAGGGCACAGCUACACAGCUUCAUUAUAAAUCAGCACAGCAGAGGAAUGCUGUCUUCGUGACAGCUUUGAGGGCAGGGAUCUGCGAUGGUUACAUUCACUUCCAUUUGUGUGGAGUUCUAAUUGUGACAUCCAGGUUAAAGCUUCACCUGGGAGGAGAGAUGCAGAAAAGAGAAGAGAGAUGGCGGUGAAUGAGCUAGAUAGAGAGUGGCUAAGAGGCAAGUGGGACUUCCCACUUGUGUUAGUUCCAUUAUUGCAGCAUUGAACACGUUUCUGCACUUUUUGGGUUACCUAAAUAAAUAGAAGUGGGUUUUUUUUGUGUGUGUUUUAGGAAUCCUGCUGCUUUCCUCUUUUUGUUGUUUGUAUUGAACCAUGCUUUUGAAUAAUUUUUUACAUAGUCAAUCUUCAUAUAAUAAGUGCAAAAUUGUUAGUCACAGAUCUGUUUACGAGUCUUGGAUUGACGUCUUGCACAGGACACAGUUUCUUACAAGUUUGUUUAGUCGUGUGCCUCAGAACUCAGAGCCAUGCUUUAAGGGACUCAGUACGAUCCUGAACCAGAGAGGUAGGGAAGAGAUAGAGUCAUGUGAUUUUAGGCUUUGAUUUCAUGUGUAUGUGUGAUUUUAGAAUAAAUUAUUACUGAUGCAUGUGAAUGAAGCUGAUCUUGCAGCUGCUGUCAUUGUGUGAACUCUGACUGGUAAUACUGUUAACACAUUUCAGACGUGUUUUCAGCCUGAGAGGCUGUAUGUUGCAGUUUGAAGACUUUCAUCCUUUGUGAUGCCGGCAACACUUGCUGCCAACUGGUAUCAUUAGUGGCAUGGAAUGGCUUCACCUCAUUUCCUUCACUAAGCCCCUUUUGCCCCCAAUCCUACCCCAAAUAAGCUGCAUAGAGCUUUCUUAUUAGUUCUUGGCUUGGGGCUGGGUAGUAUCCUGCUUGGAAAUCUUCAGGAUUUUGUAACGGGCUAGACCUUUAUAACCAUACCAGUUGUAUUUCAAUGAAAGGUUUGUCCAUCUAUGCAAAUCAUUUCCUAGGUAUGUUUCUUGUGCACCGUACAUCUAACUGUGUGACUAGUUGGACCUUGGACCCAUUUUUUUUUUUUUUGUGGUUGGGAGCUGACAGGAAGAUGACAUGGCUAGCUAAAUGAAGACAUUUAACAUGAUGGUGGUCAUUAGCAGCUUAGAAAGACCCAUGGUGCUGGGUGGUUGGACUCCCACUGUAGCAAUGUGAAGGUCUUACAGUGUGUUAGUUGUUCUGUUUGCUGGUACUAGGGUCUGCGGUCAGGGCUUCACACUCCACCUCUGAGCUUACAUCCUGUGCUUUCUGCUUGAUUGCCUUUACUAACCUGGAAUUGUGAUCCUCUGGCCUUCUUUCAAGUGCUGGAGUGCAGGUCUGUGCCACCAUGCCAAACCUAGCCCUGGUGGUUUUAAAUGUCAAGAUUUGCCUUUAAUCAAAUGAGUUCUUUCUCUUAUCACCUGACCCUGCUCUGAGGUGAGCUGAUGUUACUGGUACCACUGGUACCCAAGUGAGUAGUCCUGAAUUUCUAAGGAUAACUAGUAAGAGGGGGAAAGAGAGUAUCUGUCAGAACUUAGAAGUUGUUGUGAGUAGACAGAAAUUAGAGGAGUUUCCACAUUGGAUAUCACAGUUGACACAGUCUUCAGGGCACUGUAAGGCAGUUUGUGUCUCAGUCUGAGGAUCAGUGACUGGCUCUUUCCCCUGACUGGGUCCCAGUAAGCACAAGCCUGCCUGUGUUCAUGACAUGAACUGUUUAACUCACAGCCACCAGUAUUGAUAUCUUAUCAGUCCAUUUAGAAUAUUUUGUUUCAUCUCAAAGAUUAGUUUUCAGUUUAGAUGAGUAAAAAUAAGUGUUAGAAAUAGUAAAUAUGUUACUAAUAUUUAAUUUUAACCUAUUGAAUCAUAUAGCUUAAAUUCUCUGUGUUAGAAGAUUAUAAAAUGCAUUACCCUAUAGUUUAUAGUUGAAAUAAAAGCUGUUUCUUCAAUUUAAAAUGUUGAAAGUGACAUUAGCUUUUUUAAAAAGUUACCUAAAAUAUUAAGACCUUAUAAGUUGUGCGUAUUAGUUCUAGAGUUCAAGCUACUUUGAAAUUAUACUAAGAGAAAUUUUUCUUUUUAUUUUUGAAAGUUACAAGGUACCAAUUGAAAAACAGUUACUACCAUCAUGUUCCAGAGUAAAAUAUUAGCAGGUCCUGCCCUCUGUUGUGAAGUGGUCCCAGCUUCCCUAAGUCAGAGUCCCAUGUGUGUCCACACUCUCUGGCAAGUGCCAUCGUUACGGGAAAUUAUUUCCAUGGUGAUUUUAUUUUUUUUCCCUUUUGGUAGCUUGUGGACAUUGUGUUUUAUUUAAAAAUGCAAUUAAAGUAAAAUGUUAGGUACAAAAUGAGAUUCUAACACCUUAUAUUUAGGCAGAGGUCUUUCUGUUGCUUUUCAAGUGUACACCUACUGCUCUCUGUGAUAUUCCUAGUAUUGGGUAUGAAUCUGUAGAAAGAAAAAUUUUAAAGACGGUAUGUAAUGAAUGAAUUUUAAUUUUGAAACAAUCAGUAUAAAUUUAAAACAUGCUAGCAUGGCAUAACUUUAUGAAAUAUAAGAGGGAUGUAUUAAGUCCUUUUAUACUGUCUAAAUCAACACCAGUCGUCAUCUUAGAUGUCAUAGUCCCUAUUGGCUUAAUGGAGUACGUCAGUGUUAACUGCUUUGUGGACUUUUCUCUGACAGUGGUGAAAAGGCGUGGAGAUUACAUCAUUGAAACAAACAGGAACCCACUGUAGAAGGGACGUUUGUAGUCUUGCCUCAAGUAAACUAAAUAUGUACAGUGUUUAAAGUUCAUGUACUUAGUACCUGUGUUAAGUGUUUUGGUAGUACUAAAAAAUGAGCAAAAUUGCUAUUUUUCUUUAGUAGUGAGUAACAUAAAUCCACUAGCUGCAUUGCCCUGCUGAUGGAGAUGAAACACUGUGGCUGUGAGCUUGGGAUUGCUCCAGAUGGCAAAUUAGCUUGGUUUGUAAUCUCAUUUGAAUGUGCAGUGUGAUUCCUGCACUGUUGAUUUUUGGCUUAAGUAAUUACUGAAGAAAUAUCCUCCCCCAGCUCUAAAACUAGUCCUGAGCUCCAUAAUUGGGAUUACCACAGGUGACUGCACCUGUUCAUCCAUUUGUCACUACUGGACACUUCGCUGUGUGCAGCACAUACGACUAAAAAACAAAGUAACAAAUCCAGUCUUCCCAGACAACCUCACUGCUGCUUAAGCAUAUAUGUACUUACUCCCAGUUAAUGCCCUGUUGCCUGGGAACUGGGGUUAUUAACAACCGAGGGGUCCAGUCAUAUCACCCCUCUCAUACUGCACAUCUGUCGACAACAGUGAGAACACCUGCCGUGACCGCUGUGAGGGCUGUGACAGGCAGUGUCAGACUAGUCCUGGGCAUGGCGUGUGGCAGAUGAGAAGCUGAUGUGGAAUCUUAGACAUCUUUAGAUCCAGUAUUGAUAAGAGCAGUUUUCCAAAACAGAAACAUCUGAGAGGAGGCUAGAACAGGCUGCUGCUGUUUCUCCAGUGUUGACUGUGGUGUGUGCUGCUGUCAGUCAGAGGAGGGAUGCACUGCAUCAUGACACACAGGACUGGUAAUAACGCAGGUCCUGCUGCGCUGGCAAGUGUUUGGGGAGUAGAGAUGGAGUCACAAUCAGUUAUAAUUGGGUAAAUUCUCUUGUAACUCUGGGAUUCUGUGAAUCAGGUUGUAAUUUUUUCUUUAAAUACUAAUAUCAUUUGAUGAUACUAACAUUCUUUAUAAAGAUAUAAAAAUAUAUUUUAAAAACUUUUAUGUAUCAUAGCUGUAGCUUUUUAAGAUGGGAAAAUGUCCAAGUAAAGUGUUAGAUGACUAUAUAUAAUGGAUGCAUUCGAACAGAUUUUCUUUUUUUUUUAAGGCAUACUAAUCUAAAUAGCCCAGUAAUCUGGCCUUUAAAUUGUUCUGUGAUGCUGGUUACUCUUAAAGUGUUUUAAGUUCUUUAAAGUAUACCUAAAUCGUAAAAUAUCCCAUGCUAUUUAGAUCUCUGUAGCAUUAACACUGAUUUUGUAGAUGUAUUCUUGGAACUUCAUACUUCAGCCAAGAAUACAGAAAUUGUAAUUUUGUGUGUGAUUUCUCACAUUGAUGGACUGCUAAUCACCUUAUUCAAAAGAUGUGUCUUAUUGUUUUGUUUUGUUUUGUUUUUUCCCAAAAUUGAGACGUUCUUAGAAAGUGCAGGAUUGUGCUAGGAAUGCAGGUUGUGUGUUGCAGACAGUGUGCACAGGAGCGGAUGCUGACAGUAGGAAAGGACUCCAGCCUCUUGAUUCAGGUAGAAUGUUCUCUUUACUGCUUCAGAUUUGUUCCACAGGGGCAAGUUGCUGUGAUUAACUACUUUUUAACCUUUUAAGCACAUUUUAAAAAAAUAAUCUUACUUUUGAUUCUUCCCAUUGUUCUAUAAUCAAAGUUUCAUAAUAAAAUCUCAAAAGAUGAUUCAUCAAGGAAAAAAGCACCACCAACGGGGAAAGAAAAUGUGUUUUAAUCUUAGAGAAAGCAAAUAUUAAGGUUUUAUGGAUGUGUCUUACAUGGGAUGUUGUAUUAAAGUCCUCACAGAAAAUGACAUAGUUGUAGCACCUUAGCAUAGACUUCCUAGACUGGUGUUCAUAGCUACAGUUUUACAAUGUAUAACCUGAAAAUGAAGUUAAUUUUGCAUUAUAAGAGCACACCAUUAUCUAUGUAAAAACUGUUCAUUUGAUGUAUUUUUUUAAGAAAAGAGAAAGCACUUUCAUAUUAAGUCGCAUGUGUAUGAAUUUUAGACUUCCUGUUCGUAUGUCUAUUCAGUGAGUAAAACGGAGCAUCAGAUGUUUGCUGGCGAUGUUAACUGCUAAUGGAAGCACCUUAUACUCUGCUGCUUAAACUUGCUUGGAUUGCACCUUUGUUACCUGCACACUUUCACAUAGAGUAUUGUAACAAGGCUUUGAGUGGGUCUGGGUGGAAGUUAGUGGUGGGCCUACAGGAUAUUUAUGUUGUUUAUAUUACAAUAAUAUAUUGUAGACCAGUUGUAACUUCAGUUCUUUACAAAUAAAAACCUGACUGGUUAUUGUAUUUUUACUUCUUUAAGAUUUUGAGAUAUGGGAACCUUAAUGGAGGGCUGAACUGGUUAUACAUUUCCUAGCAUAUAAUCUACUAAAAGUAUACAUUAAGUUCAAUAUAGCUAAGUAUGUUUUAUUCUCAAGUUAUGGCCAUUGGAAGGCGGAGACAAACAUGGCGAGGAAAGCGUGCACCACGAACUACAAGGCCAGCUGAGCUCAGUGCACCAUCACAGGAGCAUGUCUGCUGCCCUGGGUUCAGUCCCCAGCGUCAAGCGUCACAGAUGAGUAUAUGACUUAAAUCAGGUCAGCCAUUCACCGAGGUUUUAUAUCUGAAAAUAGGAGCCAUAAAUUGGGAUAAUAAAAGCUCAGGUUAUAGGCAGCUGGCAUUUCCUCUGCACUAACAAAUGAAACGUGACAUCCCAGUGAUUGCCUCCUAGUUUAUUUCACCACCUCAUUGUGCUAGCGCUUUUAUUUAGUUUUGGUUUUUUGAAACAAGGCUUCUCUGUGUAGCUUUGGAGCCUGUCCUGGAACUUGCUCUGUAGACCAGGCUGGCCUUGAACUCAAGAGAUUUGCCCACUUCUACUUCCUGAGUGCUUGGAUUAAAGGCAUGUGCCACCAUCACCCAGCCUGUGCCCUUUUUCUUAGAAUGACUCAGGUUAGGUUUGCAUCACAAAGUGUUGUCUGGAAUGUUUGAUUUCUUAAGUAUCAAACGCAGGUCACAAGUACUUGUUAAAACAUCUUGCUUGGUGGGAGAGAGACUAAAAAAUCUCUUGUGGCCCAGGCUGACAUCAAGGUUAUAAGGAUGACCUUGAAUUUCUUGUCUUCCUGCUUACAGCUCCCCAGGUAUUGCAGGCACACACUACUACACUACAGCAUACAUAAACUUUGUGUGUGCUGUAAGCACUCUUCCUAGUGAGUCUAGCCCCAGCCUCUAAGCCACUCAUGUUAGAAAUGCUAGGAGUGGUUCUUGAAACACAUGGUGUUUCUAAAGAGCAGCCAACAUAUCUAUGUAGCUUAAUUCAUAAUAUGAGUUCAGCUUAUUCUGACUUACAUUGCUUCUCUUUAGGGGUUGUUUUCCCAGAAGAUUGGAAGUGAUGAGGAGUUGUGCCCAGGAGGUUUGGGAAUAUGUGAUUGCCACUUCUGGGGAAGGUGUCAUUGGCAUUUAUACAAUGUGUGGAGUUACCCUAAAAGACAGAAUCAUCUAGCCCUAAAUAAGAGUCUGAGGCUUUUUAUAGUCUAUGUUGCUAACAUGAUUAUGAUCUGACAUAAAUGAACAUGCAAUUGGUAUGUUAUGGCAAGAGCUCCUAUGGAUCCCAGUUCCAUAAGCUGAACAGCUGAAACUUUCCAUGAAUAUUUAUAAUAUCUUAGCUAUAUUUAAAACGAGCUA